UGAAAAUAUGAAAAUAUGAAGAUACGAAAAUACGAAAUUAUGACAGCGAUCUGAGGGAAAGGGAAAGCCAGUAAACCGGUUAUAAUGAAUUCGCUUUUCUUUCCUCCCUCCCUCCAAUUUCUUGGCUCGAUCGACGGAUGGUUUCGUGGCUCUGAUGCGCCCGGAGAAAAGAUUCAGUUCUGGAAAGUUCAGCUAAAGCUUACGUCUGCGGCUGGGCGGGGCGGGGCUGGAGAGCCGGUGUUCGGAACCUGGCAAAACGGCCCAGGCAGUCGGUGCUGCAACGGGUGCAGGUCUACCUACAUGCGCCUCUCGCCUCGCUCGCUCCACUUUUCCCGAGCGUGCGUGCGUGCCCCUGUCCUUGUGUACUCGAUCCCCAAAUCUUCUUAAGGUUCUCGCCCCUUGAUAGCUGCUCAGCAAUCUCUUCGCUCCGAGUGAUUGGCCUCCGAGCCCUCCUCCUCCUCCUCAUCAUCAUCAGCGCCUCCUCGCCUACUCUCGAAGCUCGCCCUCCCUAAUUCCUCGUCUCCUCCAGUUCCAGUUGCAUCUCCAGUGCAUCCAUCUAUCUAUCUCCCCGGCCUUCCAGCUGCCUGAAGCACCUGAAGGCUCGGACACCACCAUUGCAUACCCGUCAGCUCGUAACCUCGAUUUCUCUGACACGGCGGCGUCUAAUCACGAUGUCAUCAGUGACUGAUCAUCGAGCUUGUACCAGAGCUGCUGCUGUUGCUGCUGCUGCUGCUUCUAGUCUGAGCUAGAGAGAUAGGCAGACCGAGCGACUGACUGACUGACUGACCACCGACUGGCCACCGACUGACCGACCGGGUGACCUGUUCGCCCGCCCCCACACUUUCGUGCCUGGCUGCCUGCCUGGGGCCCGAACCAUUAAAUAUCUCCGGCCACAGAGAGUGGACGCCGGUUUGUGUCACGAGCUCGAAGUGUGUGGUUUCUCCGAGAGAGAGCUUCUGUGAAAGGCAGCUCGUAUCAUUCGAAUUCAGAGCUCUGCAGCUCGCGCACCGAAUUCCGUCUCGGUGCCUCGGUCUGAGAGGCUCGGUGGCUGGCGCUCAUCGAUUCGGGUGCAGCAGGAUCACGAAGUGAGAGGCGAGGGGGAUUUGCGUCGUGAAUUGGUGGCUUGACGAUGGCAGUGCUGCUUCUGGUGGUGGUGCAGCGAUGAGCGAAAUCAGUGUGGCUGCGAUUCUGUCCUGCAACUGCGACGCCUCUGUGCUAGGCUAGGAGAUAGAGGGGCGGGCCGACAUAGAUAGACAGAUAGAAGGAGGAUCUGACAAGAGCGCCUGGCACUUCGCCGUGUCUCGGGACUCUGAACGUGGUCUUUCGUGUCUUGGCAUAUGAUGACCUUCGCAGAAUCGUUGUUUCAGAAGAUUCCCACGAUUUACUACCAGCUGUUCUACGAUGAGUGCGAGCCCGUGUGGAUCAUAAAUUCCGAAGAGGUGCAGCUCGUCGAGAAUGUGCCGCAGUACUAUCCUCCCCUCCCCGAUCCCCCCAAGCCCCCUCCGCCUCCUCCCAAGCCCGAGCCUCCUGCGCCUACUGUCGUCAGGGUGCCAAUGUGCUGUGACGCCUGCGAAGAUCGAGUCUAUUCCACCUUCAAGUCCAUCAAAGGGGUUGAGAAAAUAAACUGCGACUGGACGGAGCAGAAGGUGGUGGUCACUGGACCCGUGCCGCAGGAGGAGGUGCUUGCAGCGUGCCGCAAGAUGUUCAAGCACUCCGAACCGUGGAAGUGAUCUCCCACCGAGAGAGCGGCCUCCCUCCGCUCGAACCAGCUGAUGCGCCUCAACAUUGACCUCCGAACCUGUGCUUAGUUCCACCCCCCCAUUCCCCCAUUCACCCAUCAUCGGGAGGAACAUAGCUGUAUAUUAAUAAUCCGUCUAUCCGUCCGUCCGGCCGUCCAUGCGUGCGACACCGCGACUUCGAUUGUAAGUCCGUGCGUGCGUGCGUGCGGGACGGAGCUCGACGAGACGCAGGUUUGUUCUGGUUUCCGUGGACAAGCUCCUUGUACAUUGUUGGCCUGCAGUCUCGACUCAGCUUGAGCUCCCCGCAUUUAUCAGCGAGAGCCAAUGCGAGGCUGCUAGCACCGACCGACCGACUCACUCGUGUAGAGCGACUACUCUUGAUUCGACUGUUGUCUCAUCGACUACUAAGUUCUCACUUACUUAGCUCUGUCACCGAACGACUGUGUGCCAUCGACAUGUAUAUUGUGAAUAAAGAUUUGUCGAGUGUUUGUAACUUUGCGCCCAGUUCCGAAAUGUGUGUUUGAGUGAGUGUGUGUGUUUGUUCAGUCCAAGGUCGCCGGAGUUCUGUGGGCCCG